CCUUCGAGCUCAGCCCCGCCGAGGUGAAACCUGAGCCGAGGUCGGGGGCGGGGCUGGCCCGCGCCUCUCCCCUGGUCCCCGCACCCUGGCCGGCGGCUGCGAGCGCAGGGCCGGGCCUGGGAGCUGCUGGAGCAGGGCCCGCAAUGGAGGCCGCAGCCCCGGGUCGCGUCCCGCCCUGAGCGCCCCCGUCGGCAGCCAUGCUUCCCCGAGGGCGCCCCCGGGCGCUGGGGGCCGCCGCGCUGUUGCUGCUGCUGCUUCUGCUCGGAUUCCUCCUGUUCGACUGGAGGCUGCGGGGAGCCGCCGCCCUCGAUGGAGACCCGCUGGCCGGCCCCAGGGACCGCAACCCCUCCGACUGCGGCCCGCAGCCGCCGCUGCCGCCGAAGUGCGAGCUCUUGCACGUGGCCAUCGUGUGUGCGGGGCAUAACUCCAGCCGAGACGUCAUCACCCUGGUGAAGUCCAUGCUCUUCUACAGGAAGAAUCCACUGCACCUCCACUUGGUGACUGACGCCGUGGCCAGAAACAUCCUGGAGAUGCUCUUCCAUACAUGGAUGGUGCCUGCUGUCCGUGUCAGCUUUUACAAUGCUGAUGAGCUCAAGCCCCAGGUCUCCUGGAUCCCCAACAAGCACUACUCCGGCCUCUAUGGGCUAAUGAAGCUGGUGCUGCCCAGCACCUUGCCCGCUGAGCUGGCCCGCGUCAUUGUCCUGGACACGGACAUCACCUUCGCCUCUGACAUCGCGGAGCUCUGGGCACUCUUUGCUCACUUUUCUGACAUGCAAGCGAUCGGUCUCGUGGAGAACCAGAGUGACUGGUACCUGGGCAACCUCUGGAAGAACCACAGACCCUGGCCUGCCUUGGGCCGGGGAUUUAACACAGGUGUGAUUCUGCUGCGGCUUGACCGGCUCCGGCAUGCUGGCUGGGAGCAGAUGUGGAGGCUGACAGCCAGGCAGGAGCUCCUUACCCUACCUGCCACCUCACUGGCAGACCAGGACAUCUUUAACGCUGUGAUCAAGGAGCACCCGGGGCUGGUGCAGCCUCUGCCCUGUGUCUGGAAUGUGCAGCUGUCGGACCACACACUGGCUGAGCGCUGCUACUCCGAGGCGUCUGACCUCAAGGUGAUCCACUGGAACUCGCCAAAGAAGCUUCGGGUGAAGAACAAGCACGUGGAAUUCUUCCGCAAUUUCUACCUGACCUUCCUGGCGUACGACGGGAACCUGCUGAGGAGAGGGCUCUUUGGGUGCCCCAGCCAGCCCCCGUCUGGUGCUGAGCAGUUGCAGCAGGCCCUGGCACAGCUCGAUGAGGAAGACCCCUGCUUUGAGUUCCGGCAGCAGCAGCUCACUGUGCACCGCGUGCACAUCACUUUCCUGCCUCAUGAGCCACCACCCUCCCGGCCUCACGAUGUCACCCUUGUGGCCCAGUUGUCCAUGGACCGGCUGCAGAUGUUGGAAGCCCUGUGCAGGCACUGGCCUGGCCCCAUGAGCCUGGCCUUGUACCUGACAGACGCAGAAGCCCAGCAGUUCUUGCGUUUCGUUGAGGCCUCCCCAGUGCUUGCCGCCCGGCAGGACGUGGCCUACCACGUCGUGUACCGUGAGGGGCCCCUGUACCCUGUCAACCAGCUCCGCAAUGUGGCCUUAGCCCAGGCCCUCACGCCUUACGUCUUCCUCAGCGACAUUGACUUUCUGCCUGCCUAUUCUCUCUACGACUACCUCAGGGCCUCCAUUGAGCAGCUGGGGCUGGGCAGCCGGCGGAAGGCAGCGCUGGUGGUGCCAGCAUUCGAGACCCUGCACUACCGCUUCAGCUUCCCCCGUUCCAAGGUGGAGCUGCUGGCCUUGCUGGAUGCAGGCGCUCUCUACACCUUCAGCCUGGCUCCCAUCCGACCCUGCUGCACAGGUACCACGAGUGGCCCCGCGGCCACGCACCCACAGACUAUGCCCGCUGGCGGGAGGCUCAGGCCCCAUACAGUGUGCAGUGGGUGGCCGACUAUGAACCCUAUGUGGUGGUGCCACGUGACUGUCCCCGCUAUGACCCUCGAUUUGUGGGCUUCGGCUGGAACAAGGUGGCCCACAUCAUGGAGCUGGAUGCCCAGAAACAAAAACUUUGAAGCACAAAACUCCAAAUACAAGUCUACCAAGACUGAAAUCACAAAGGGCAUGGACAAGAGACAGGGUUGGUUUCUGGCUGGCUCUUCUCUGCUAGGAGCUGGCUGACCUCUGGCCUGCCCGUCCCACCGCCUGGCUGCAGCUCACCUGGACUGAGGACCCACGGAGACCGGGGAAGAGGUGAGGGCCCAAAGGCUGCUGGGGACGGGUAGGGGCGGGGGAGGCUGGGUCCUCAGGGAGGAAGGGCUUUGUGGGAGGGGGCGCCAAGUGGAACUGGGGAGCCCUGCUUCCAUUUAUAGGAGCUACUUUUCAAAGUUCCUACCCCGGCUUUCUGAAGGGCAGCCCCGGUUUCCCGCCCCUCACUUUAGUGAGGGGGCCAGAAGACUGCCCAGAGGAGCUGACUCAGAGGACAGUCUAAGUCAGGGUGAGGAUGGGAGUCCUGCUUCCUGCCAGGGGUGCCCGGCUGAGGGCAGGGGCGAGGUCCACACGGAGCAAAGUUGCCUCCACUCAACAGAAGCCAUGGGAUCUGGAGACCCAGGCCCUAGAAAAUGCACAGGGCCACGCUCCAUCCCAUCAUUACCUUAGGAGCCUUUUGCCUCUGGGUAGUCUCCUAAAUUCAGCCCUUUAGAUAAAUAAGAAGGACCACGCCCUACAAGGGAAUGAAGGGAAGAAACCUCUGAAGAGUGUGUGUGAGCUGGGAGGGGAGAGCCCAAGGGCUCUGCAAUCCCCAAGAGAGAAGUAUCAGAGGUGGCUGGAGAGGCAGCGUGCAUGCGGAGACAGAAGUGUGCUGCAGACACAGCCACCCGCACAGACACAGCUGCAUGCACCUGCCCCCACGCACACUGCCUGCUGGGCCUGAGCCAAGCAGCAGCAGGGACAGAGACAGGCCUUGCAGGGAAACCAGGCACACGAUGGUGCCAGCUGGAGGCUGCCAGGGUGGCCACACCAGGAACUGCCCGUAGCUGUCUACCCCUGUCAGGUACAACCAGCAGGCUUACCACAAAGGGCCUAAUAAGGAAGGAAGAAAUCAAAACCCCGAUGAGCUCAGCACAGGUGAGACAAGACCCAGCAGGCUCCAUGAAAGAAAAAGGACCCGCAGGCAGCAAGAAUGCAGAGGUGGAGAUGACAGCAACAUGACCUCACUACCACCAGGGCGCAGCGCCUGAUCAGGAGCUGGCAGGGGACUCCCAGGCAGGGCCCAGUGGGCAGCCACUCCAGCUCUCUGAAGUGACUGCAAAGCCAGCUGGUCUCAGAUAAGUAGCUGUCAGAGCAGCUAAAUUCUGGGCCAUGGGGAAAGAGCAGCGAAAUGAAGGAGGAGGAAGCAAGUGGAGGUGGCUGGGUGGGGCAGUGUCACGAGCGUGUGUCUCUGGCAGUCUGGGGGGACAGUGAAGGACAGGGAGAUUGAGUGCCGGGGGCCUCUUCUUUACAGUAAAGCAGUGUUUUGGAAUUUGAGUCCAGAAUGUAGGUUUGUGGGUAGGAUUGCAUCUUGCACUCCAUACUAGCAGACUCCCAAAACAGCUCACAUCUGAAUGUAGGAAGAGUCCACAGCCCGGCUGCAGGCGAGGUCAGAAUGUACUCAACACUGCUCAGGGUGGCAGGAAAAGCGCCGGUCCAUUCCAAGCCUCAUCCCCCCACCCCUGAGACUCCUCAGGCAGCUCCUCUCCGAGCAAAGGCCUCUAGUGAUGAUGGCUUCCCAACUUCUUUCAGGAAAAGGAGAGUUAACUGUUGUGGCAACCCCCAGAUGGGCCCAGACAAGUUAAGGGGAAGAGCUCUAGACAGGGCAGGCAGCCUGCUGCUGGUCUCUGAUCCUCUGCCAUGAUUCCUCCAACUAGUCCAGGCAUCUCCAAGCCUCCCUGACGAGGCACAGCACCUUGGUUUCUGAGAAAAGGGAACUCUUUCCCUGUCAGCCAAUCAAGCAGCCAGGGCCUAACUGAGGCCUGUUCAGCCAAAUUUAACUCCCUCUUCUGAGGUCCUUGGGAAGAUGAAUGGCGACAGGUGAUAUGGAUGAGACACAUUUUCCUCUAAGAGUCUCUUCUCUGUUGAAUUUGCUUUCAGAUCUGUCUUUGUCUCUCUGGGCCUAACUCGGUGGGAGAGAACCUAAUGGGACAGUUUUUACCCCUCCUAGACUCUGGCUAUUACUAGGGCCUGGAGUGGGCCUUGGGGAGAUGCUCCAGCAGGGCGGGGGUACGGAGCCUCCACUGCCCUCCCAUCAGCCAGGGGCACGCAAGAGGCAAAGGUCUCCAGCCAGAGCUGACACCGUUGACUUCCCACAAGGCAAGAUGAGAAAAUGGUCUGAGCCUUUCAGAACCCUGGUUUUCUCAAGGAGAGGACAUAACAGGCCAAGCCAAGGCAAGCGCAGCAAUUCUAGCCAAGGGUCACCCAGGAGACUUGUGGGUGGGAGGAAUGGAAUGAAUUCCAUUUCUGGUGCCUGGAGCCAACAGGCAGAGAAAGGAGUGAGAGCUUCAGACCUCUCCCCAAAAGCAAGUCAGAGCAAAGGCCAUCCUGGGGCUCUGUCUCAGAGACAUACCCUUGAGACAUGUCACUCCUCUGUUCUUUCUAAGCACCAAGGGCUGAUGCAGCCAGCCUGCAGUCCCGCGCCCUCCUGCCACAGCCAGGGUGCAGGGGCACCACUGAGCUCCACUGGCCAGUUCCCUUGGAGGUGUCCCCCAGGCACUCAUAAUGCUGGUGGCUGAAAGACCAAAAGCAGCACCAAAGGAAGGGAUCUUAUUUAGGCACCAGCCUUUUGCUCUAGCAGAAUCUAAGAAGACCAUGGGGAGGGCCCUGACACCAUCCAGACUUCCAUUUGGGCUUCACAGCAGGAGACAAGAUCCCUGCACCAAGAAGAGAGCACGGUCUUUUCUGAGGAGAGAAAAGGGUGGGGAGCUCCACCCUGUCCGUCAAGGAGACUGGGCCACAGUCUAGAGAUACACACGGCAAAAUGUCAUCGUCAUCAGCAGGGUCUGUGCUAAAAAAUUAUAACUACACGGCAUUUUCUCCAGUUCUGACACCUUUUUAAUAGAAAUCACUGUUUUUAGGAAACAAAUAGCACUUUUGUAAUUUUUUUUACAAUGUUUCUUACCUUGAUCUUAAUUUAAGUAACACUAGGAAGACCUCAAUAUCUUUUAUUUUCCUUUUUAAUUUAAAAAAAAGUUGGUUUUUUUCCCCCAGAUACAAAGAUUUUUGCCCUUGCAUAAAAAACCAGUGCCCGAACGAUGACACAAGGACUCACAAAGACUCACGGGACCUCACUGACACUAUGAUUCCUAAUCUACCAUGCAAGGUCUCGGCUACCCUUAAUUGGACUGUCAGCCUGAAAAACAGCUUUUCUAUUCCUUAUUUUAGUUUUUGUUACCAAGAAAGUAAAAUGAAUAAAAUAAAACUUUCCUUAAAGAAAAAAAGAACAAAAACAAAAAUUUAAAAAAAGAGAAAAGAAA